UUUCUCUCUCUCUCUUUCUCUCUUGCUGGUCUCACUUCUAUUUUCCCCUUAUUUUUUUUUCUCCUGCACUUUGGAGAUGUUGAAGGUAUGAUUUGUAGAUUAUGCAACCUCUCAAUGCCCUUCCAUGGAUGUCUUUUGGAUUUUGGAACCUGCAGAACAAAACCUGGUCAGUAUUGUAUGAAACAGACUUAUGCAAGAGGUGGAAUUCAGUGGUAUUCCAUUUUGGGCUGCACAGAGACCCAUGAUGACUGCUUCAAGAAAAAGUCAACGUCUUCUGGAAUGCGUGCUACUUACUGUUGCCAUCGUCCCCUGUGUAAUUUUUGA